AUGAAUAAUUUUUUCUCAGAAGCUCCGGAAGCUCUAAUUGAUCUCUUGAUGAACGCACAAGGACGACGAAUGGAUGAGCAAAGAGCGACACUGCUGCCUGGUUUGAAUAGCCAAGAACAAGCUCAUGAACUUAUCGAAAAACUCGGUUCGGCAGCCGGCGAAGGCAGUGAUUCGCGGAUUGAUGAUACUCUUAUCGACUUACUAAUGCGUGCGCAAAGUCAAAGGAUGAAUGAGCAACGUUCGGAGCUUGCAAGUGAUCGAAAGGAUUCCGUAGAUGCUGAUUCUGCUGCAGUGACUACACCAGAAGACGAUGUAUCGGCGCUAGUGAUGCGCAUGCAAGCAGGGCGAUUUGAAGAACAGCGUGCUCAUCUUAGAACAGAUAAUGAUGACUGA